AUGUCCUCGCCAGCUUGUGAUGACUCGGACCAGGCUGGGACGACCCCGACGCCUUCCGCCGAUGAGCACAGUCUUGCAGUUGUCCGUAGUGGUUCCGACCGGCCUGAAGUAGCGCUCAAGCGAGGCUGGCCAGAGUCGGACGCUUUGUUGGAUGAGAGGGUCCCAAGGCGCGAUGCUGAAUGGCACGAGCGGCUCGACUCCGUCACGCAGGACAUCGACCGGCUGAUGGCGCAGCACGAAAGGAUGAUGGCGCGGCACGAAAGGAUGCUGCAAAAUCUGGCCCCGUUGAUACCCUGGGCGCGAGCGGUCUUUGUCAGGCAGCGGUACGAGUUGUCGCAAGACUUUAUUCUCUCCUACCCGGUUUGGCUUAGGCAGGAGCUUCCGCAGCAUGUCACGCAAGGCGUUCACGAUCGUGAUCUGUUUGACAAGCUCAAGACGCUCUAUGUCUCGCAGCGCAACUCGCUCAACCUCGACGCUCGAAUCCUCGCCCUCGCCUCUCUCGCCCGCUUCCUCCUCCACUACCUCGCCGACCAGCUGCGCAUGGGCGCUCACUACCCAUAUCACGCUCCAACAGAACACGACUUCAUCGACUUUGCCGCACCCUUAGUCGGCAGGGCAGUUGCGCAAGACUUGGUGAACAACCUCUCGCGCAUCACCAUCCAGCCCGAAGCCGUCGCCGACUCAGCUCAAUGGGUCGUAUCGACUCCUGCUUACAAUCACAAGGACGUGGUGGACCUCAAACAGGGCAUCAAGGUUUUCCACAAGCGCUUCGUCAAGGCUUGGAGGACGAACAGCUUUCCGUUCGACGAGGAGUCGGAGGAAGCGGUUCGGUACUUCAACAGCGUUGCAAGAGUGUGA